CCCAGUGCCAUAUCACCGCUUCGAACACAACGCAACCUCUGGACAGGUAGCACUUUGAUAGACAGCCGGACGACUUGUCGGACGGACAAUAAUUAUUUAAUCUUUCUUUUCCGUUCUCCGCUUCUAACGCUUCAACAUAUUCGCCAUAUUCGUCGCCUGUUCGGAGCUACCACCGCCGCCUCUCUUAUCCCACUCCGUAUCGAUUGUUGCGGUCUCAACAAGUUGUCGUCGCGAAGUGUUCCUUAGUUCGCUACCUACCAUUUACCUUUAUAGAACGCGCAUAAUACCUCCGGACUUGCCUAUCGAUGACAUAGUCGGGUUACAUUCCAUAGAUAAUCGCGAUGGAGGUCGCCUCUAACGGGGUACCUGACGGUGUACCCACCGCCAUAUCCCAAGGACCUUUGGUCGACCCAGAGACUGUCGUGCAGUACCUAGUCGAUGUGCUGCAGGUGACGUUGGGCGCGCUGAAAAGCGAGCUUGAGAACACUGGCAGUCUUCUGUCGAAGUCUAAGUAUAGCGAGACUGCGCAGAGGUGUAUGCGGUUUGCGUCAGAGUCACAGGUCGCGCUCUAUGUACAGAAAGACCUCGUCGCUUCGGAAGAUGCGAACGGAACUGUGGAUGGCGAGGUGUCCGUCGCCCAGUAUGUCUAUACCCUAUCGACCGAAAUCUCGUCCUCGUCGACCACUGUCGCGUCGGUAGCUUUUAUCAAACGGCCCACUGCAAUCGAUCCGUCACUGCCUAUAUCCUCCCAAAUCCAGGUUAUGAACCUUCCCGGUCCGGCAUCCCUCAAUAACACGCAGGCGCAGCAAGGCGCUGUGCUCUCGCCAUUCGAGAUCCUGCAUUUGCUAGUUCACCACGGACUUAGCCCGUAUUUCGAAGCCAAUACUCGCAACCAAGAAGGCGCUACAAAGACGAAGAUUGAUACGGAUGCUAAGACUGGAGUUCCCGGUACCAAGAAGAAAUUCGCGGAGCUGGAACUUUUGCUUCUGCACGCUCAGCAGAAUGUUGAGAUUCCUGCGCUGAACCUGCCCGUUCAUGAAGUGGUACAAAACGCUCUGAUGGAAGCAGAGAAGCGGGGCGUUAAGCCUUCAGUGGAUUUCAUUGAUUCUACGCUGUUAGAGAGCAGUGCCUUUAUUAACAGUAUCCAGAAUAAUGUGAACGCAUGGAUCAGAUCCAUUCAGACCAUUACCAAAAUGUCUCGUGACGCGGACAGCGGAUCAGCGGCUCAGGAGAUCAACUUUUGGCUGUCUAUGGAGACUGCGCUCGAGGGUAUCGAAGACCAGCUGCGCGGUGAUGGGGUUGUGUUGACUAUGGACAUCCUCCGACACGCAAAACGUUACCAAGCUACCCUCAGUUUCGUUGCCGACACUGGUCUGCGCGAAGCAACUGAUCUAGUUCAGAAGUAUAACCAACUGAUGCGUGAUUUCCCCCUCGACGAACUCCUCUCUGCCCCUAACCUUCAGAAAGUCCGAGACUCUCUUACCCUAAUCUUUAAUCACCUGAACAAGAAAUUGAAAAUCUGCCCCUACCCCAUCAAGCGUGCUCUUGCACUCGUGGAGGCCAUCUCAGGCGAUCUGGACGCGCGUAUCCAUUCCUUACUCAAUGGCCGGACCAUCUUGCACCUCGAUUUCCGCGAAUUCCGUACGUUAAUCAAGAUCACCGAUACCAUCUGGAAGACCUGGGACGAAAAUCUCAAAGAGUUUACAAAUGUUGCCCGUGAGUCCACUCGUCGACGAAAUGAGAAGUUCAUUCCUAUCAAGAUCAAUGCUCGUCACGAGAAGACCCAAGAACGAUUGAACUACAUCAACACCUUCCGUGUCAACCACGAGCAACUUCAAAGGACCAUCGCAAAUGUCCUUGGCCCGAAGAGCACUUCUGCUGGAGAUGCCGCAGCGGGAGCAGGAGCUGACGGUGCUGUGAUUGUUGAGGAAAUCGGUGAUGUGGACGCCGUUGAAGAGGUCGUGCAAGCCUACGGUGCUCUGAAAAAUAUCGAUGUGCUAGAUGUCUCUCCAGUGGGAACACAGAACUGGAUCCUAGAGGAGAUUGCUUACAAUGAGCGAACAUCUCGAGUCGAAAACUCGAUCAUCGCUCGCCUACGUGACCGUCUGGCAACAGCAAAGAAUGCGAAUGAGAUGUUUCGCGUUUUUUCCAAAUUCAACGCCCUUCUAGUCCGACCCAAGAUUCGCGGUGCCAUUGCCGAAUACCAGACCCAGCUCAUUGAUAACGUCAAGCAAGAUAUUUCUGCACUACACGAGCGGUUUAAGCAGCAGUAUGGUCAUUCAGAAGCCCAUGCAAUGGCUCAGUUGCGCGAUCUUCCCCCUGUUUCGGGUGCCAUCGUUUGGGCACGCCAGAUUGAGCGUCAAUUAGACGGGUACCUGAAAAAGGUCGCUGAUGUACUGGGAGAUGACUGGCACUUGCAUUCUGAAGGCCAGAAACUUCAGGCAGAGGGUACGCUUUUCCGAAGGAAGUUGGAUACCCGCCCAGUCUUUGAAUCCUGGUUGCACGAUGUGCAAAGACGGCAUAUCACGAUCUCCGGUCGACUUUUCAACAUCGUUCGCAACAGGGCCGCAGGAAACACCUUGGAUCUCGCCGUCAACUUCGAUGCUCAGAUAAUCGCACUCUUCAAAGAAGUUCGGAACCUCAUCUGGCUCAAUUUUCAGGUCCCUCAUGCUGUCAGCAACAUCUCGAAAGAGGCUAAGAGGGUGUACCCGUACGCUAUCAGCUUGAUGGAAAGUGUCCGUACCUUGCUUCAAACAAACCGUCUGAUCUUGACAAUGACGGAUGUUGCGAUCCUGUUGAAUGGAUACAUCAAUGAUACACAAAGCAUGAUUGUGAAGGGAAUCCCUCUCAGAUGGGAAUCAUUCGUUCACUCAUACGAGUUGCACGUGAAACAAGCGGGCUUGGCUAACGGCGCCAUCGAUUCGGUGAUUCCUGGUAGAGGUGAAAGCAAGCAUGUCCAGUUUGUACGAGAGUUCGCAGGCUCAGCUUCCGUUCUUCAGCAUAAGACUGCGGUGCUGGUGUCUAUCAAUGAUACCAUUCAAAAAGCGGUUCUUGAACUCAAGACCUGCCCGUACGAGCUUUCCGCUUUUAAACAACGCCUCGACGCGAUUCAGAUUGCCGUCGACAAGCUGAACCUGGAGAACUACGUCAACCUAGGAUACUGGGUGCACCAUCUGAACCAGAAGAUUGAGGCUAUCCUCAGCGAGCGGCUGCACAAGGCGAUUCGUGAUUGGACCAACUCAUUCCAGGAAGCGAGAAACGGCCAGCAGUAUCUGCAACUGGCUAACGGAGCAAGCGACGGAGAGGCCCUCACAAACCGCAUUGAAUUCCCAGAGCUUACUCACGAAAUCUCCAUGCGCAAUCAGCUACUUCAUCUUGACCCGCCUCUCCAGUUUGCUCGUGCCACUUGGUUCUCUCACUUUGACGCUUGGCUCGGCGUAAUCUGCAACCUGGAGAAAAUCAAGGCUUCCCGUUACUCGAUCUCUAUUGAAGUGCAAAAGGUGCAACUGUCGGAGUCAUGCUUCGCUGACCUUCCACAGCGUUGCACUGAGGAGCUGAAACUCGUUUACACUGCUAUUGAGGCUAGACUCAAGGCGGUGUCCGAGUAUGUGGACAAGUGGCUGCAAUUUCAGUCCCUGUGGGAUUUGCAGUCUGAGCAGGUCUAUGACAUACUAGGCGAUGACUUAUCUCAGUGGCUUCAGCUCCUGCAAGAAAUUCGCAAGAGCCGAGCCACCUUUGACACAUCAGAAGUCAGCCGGUCGUUUGGCAACAUCAAGAUCGACUACGAGCAAGUACAAACAAAGGUCAACGCAAAGUACGACCAAUGGCAACACGAAAUCCUGCUCAAGUUCGGUUCCAAGCUUGGGAACCGCAUGAGAGAAGUCCACUCCGAAAUUGCCACUGCUCGAAGAGAUCUGGAAGGCCAGACGUUGGAAGCCGCUUCUACCGCCCACGCUGUCUCUUUUAUCACAAUUGUUCAACAGUGCAAGCGUAAGGCAAAGGUCUGGGAGCCUGAAGUCGAUCUCUUUAGGCAAGGUCAGGCCACGCUUGUCCGCCAACGCUAUCAAUUCCCGAACGACUGGCUUCACGUUGAGAACGUCGAUGGCGAAUGGGCGGCUCUCAACGAACUUCUUGCUCGCAAGAGUAAGAUUGUUCAGGAUCAGACUGAAGGUCUACGAGCGAAGAUCGUCGCCGAGGACAAGGUCAUCAAUGACAAGAUCGCCGAAGUCAUUGCGCAGUGGAAUGAGGAAAAGCCUGUGUCCGGCACUAUUCCACCGGAAGAGGCUUCUCGCUCUCUCAGCUCCUUCCAGGCACGUCUCGAAUCCCUCCAGUCUGAAUUUGAAAUGGUAUCCAAGGCAAAGGAGGCCCUUGAUCUCCCUGCAAGUGCGGAAUCUUCUCUUCCUGCAAUUCUGGAGGAGGUGCAGGACUUUAUGUCUGUGUGGGCGGCUCUUUCGACUAUCUGGAAGAGUCUCAAUGACCUUAGGGAUACACUCUGGACUAGCGUCCAGCCAAGGAAACUCCGCCAGUCUAUCGACAGUCUUAUCAAGAUGACCAAAGAGAUGCCCAGUCGAAUGCGCCAGUACGCUGCCUUUGAGCACAUUCAGAAUGUUCUUCGUCAGCUAUUGAAGGUUAAUCCUCUGCUCUCGGAUAUGAAAUCGGAAGCUGUGCGCGAAAGACAUUGGCUAAAGAUCUACAAAGCCCUCAAACCAGGGCAGCGGUUUUCUCUGGUCUCUCUUACCCUAGGAGACGUUUGGGAUCUGCAACUCGUGUCUAGCGAGACGAUUAUCCGGAAUAUCAUCGCACAAGCCCAGGGCGAAAUGGCGCUCGAAGAGUUCUUGAAGUCCGUUCGCGAGACCUGGCAAAAUUAUUCUCUCGACCUUGUCAACUACCAGAACAAGUGCCGUUUGAUCCGCGGUUUCGACGAUCUUUUUGCCAAGUGCAGCGAGAACCUGAACUCCCUGCAAGCCAUGAGGCAUUCACCUUAUUACAAGGAAUUUGAGGAGGAUGCUUCCUCCUGGGAGGACAAGUUGAACCGCGUCCAUGUCCUGUUCGAUGUAUGGAUUGACGUCCAACGACAAUGGGUUUAUCUCGAAGGUGUCUUCACCGGCAAUGCUGAUAUUAAACAUCUCCUGCCCUUGGAAUCCAGCCGUUUCCAGAACAUCAAUUCCGAGUUCUUCGCCGUGAUGAAGAAGGUCUACAAGUCUCCGUUCGUGCUUGACGUUCUCUCUAUCAAUGGGGUUCAAAAGUCCCUGGAGCGACUGGCAGAAUUGCUCAACAAGAUCCAGAAGGCUCUUGGUGAAUAUUUGGAACGGGAACGUGUCUCUUUCCCCCGGUUCUACUUUGUCGGUGACGAGGAUCUCCUCGAGAUUAUCGGUAACAGCAACGAUAUCUUCCGCGUCGCAAAGCACUUUAAGAAAAUGUUUGCUGGUCUCUCAGGCGUUCUUAUGGAUGAUAACAGCAACAUUGUCGGUUUCACGUCCAAGGAGGGCGAAGAAGUUAGACUGAAGAAAGAAGUCAACCUUCUCAAGACCCCUAGGAUUAAUGACUGGCUAAGUGCUCUUGAAAGCAACAUGAAGUCAACGCUCGCAGAGCUCCUCGGUGAAGCCGUUGAGCAGUUCGAGCCACUCUACAACUCAUCGGAAGUCGACCGCACCGCCUUCGACGACUUCAUCGCCAACUACCCUGCUCAGAUUGUCGUUCUUGCUAGUCAAGUCGUGUGGACAAAUGAAGUACAAAAGUCACUGGAGAACGGUGGCACUAACCUCCCUGCACUUUACGAGGCUCAGGUCAGGGUGCUUGAACUGCUAGCAGUCACUGUGUUGGGAGAUUUGGAUGCAAUUGCCAGAAAGAAAUGCGAGCAUCUCAUCACGGAGUUCGUCCAUCAGCGCGAUGUUAUCUCCAAACUGAUAGCCUCGAAUGCCACAUCUCCAGCACACUAUCUCUGGCUGCUACAGAUGCGCUACGUCUACCAAGCCGAUGGCGACUUUCUGCAGCGCCUGUAUGUGCACAUGGCCAACGCGAAGCUGAACUAUGGGUUCGAGUACCUGGGUGUUCCCGAACGCCUUGUCCGCACGCCCCUUACAGACCGUUGUUUCCUCACCCUUACCCAGGCUCUGUGUCAACGACUUGGUGGUUCUCCUUAUGGGCCUGCAGGUACAGGAAAGACAGAAUCCGUCAAGGCCCUGGGUCUUCAACUUGGUCGUUUUACUCUCGUCUUCUGCUGUGACGACACAUUCGAUUUCCAGGCCAUGGGCCGUAUUUUCCUCGGUAUUUGUCAAGUUGGUGCUUGGGGUUGUUUCGACGAGUUCAACCGUCUUGAAGAGCGUAUUCUUUCGGCAGUUUCUCAACAAAUUCAGAACAUUCAGAUCGGUCUGAGGAUCGGAGAAACCGAUGACAAGAGUCAAAUUGAGCUGGUGGGAAGGCGCUUGAGCGUCAACCCGAAUACCGGUAUCUUCAUCACCAUGAACCCUGGCUAUGCUGGUCGAUCCAACCUACCCGACAACUUGAAGAAGCUGUUCAGAAGCGUUGCAAUGUCGAAGCCAGACAAGGAGCUGAUUACCGAAGUCAUGCUGUUCUCGCAAGGUUUCAAGCAAGCCAAGCGACUGUCACAACAGACGGUGCCAUUCUUCGACCAUUGCUCAACUCAGCUGUCAAAGCAAGCCCACUAUGACUUUGGUCUGCGUGCCCUAAAGAGUGUGCUCGUUAGUUCAGGAGGUCUCAAGCGUGCCCGUAUCGCCAAUACAGACGGUGACCUUGGACCCGACGAGAUUGUGGAGCCUCAGAUCAUUGUGCAGAGUCUUCGAGAGACCAUUGCUCCCAAGUUGGUCCGCGAAGAUGUAACCACCAUGCUACAGAUUCAGGAACAAGACUUUGCUGGUGUGGAAUACGUCCCGGCCAACUAUGAGAAGCUUACCGCUGCCAUCAAAGAGAUCGCCCGCGAGCAGCACUUUGUCGACAGUGAAAUGUGGAUUACAAAGGCUCUGCAGCUGUAUCAAAUUCAGAGCAUCCACCACGGUGUCAUGAUGGUCGGCAAAUCUGGAUCUGGAAAGUCAUCCGCUUGGAAGAUCUUGCUCCAGGCUCUUCAGCGCGUUGAGGGUGUCGAAGGAGUUUCUCAUAUUAUUGACUCCAAGGUCAUGUCGAAGGAGGCACUGUACGGUAGCUUGGACAGCACUACACGAGAAUGGACCGACGGUCUCUUCACUGGUAUCUUGAGGAAGAUCGUGGACAACCUCCGUGGUGAAGACACAAAACGGCACUGGAUUGUGUUUGACGGCGAUGUUGACCCGGAGUGGGUUGAAAACUUGAACAGUGUUCUCGACGACAACAAGCUACUGACUCUCCCGAAUGGUGAACGUCUGAAUUUGCCUUCCAAUGUUCGCGUCAUGUUCGAAGUCGAGAGUCUCAAGUACGCCACCUUGGCUACCGUCAGUCGUUGCGGUAUGGUUUGGUUCAACGAAGAUACCGUGACGCCCUCAAUGGUCAUUGAGAACUAUGUUCAGUCCCUGAAGACGAAGACCUUCGAGGACUUGGAUGAUGAUAGCGCGCCCGCAGGCCAAAGUGCCGUCAAGACUCAGGAUUGCCAGAACAUGCUAUCAACCAUACUUCAACAGCUCCUGCAGACUGAUGAGCUUGUCCUCAAGUCUCUUGAAGAAGCCAUGAAGUACAACCAUAUUAUGGAGUUCACCGAAAUACGCGCCCUCAACACCAUGUUCAGUCUAUUGAACAAGGCCUGCCGCAAUGUCCUUGAAUACAACAUCCAGCAUGUUGACUUCCCCCUUGAGUUCGAGCAGAUUGAGUCCUAUGUUUCCAAGAAGCUCCUGCUCGCUCUUGUCUGGUCUUUCACUGGAGACUGUCCUCUUGCCGACCGCAAGUCUUUCGGCGAAUUCGUGUCUGGCCUAACCACGAUUGACCUACCGCUUGAGAGCAACGCUUCUCUCAUUGAUUUCGAUGUAACUCUUCCCAAAGCUGACUGGACAAGCUGGCAAUCUCAAGUUCCGUCAAUCGACAUCAACACCCACUCCAUCACGCAGACCGAUGUGGUUAUUCCCACAGUGGACACGGUCCGUCACGAGGAUGUUCUCUACUCGUGGCUUGCAGAGCAUAAACCAUUGCUGCUUUGCGGCCCUCCAGGUUCCGGUAAAACCAUGACGCUGUUCGCCGCUCUCCGCAAACUGCCAAAUAUGGAGGUUGUUGGUCUUAACUUCUCUAGCGCCACAACUCCAGACCUCCUCAUCAAGACCUUCGAGCAGUACUGUGAGUACAAGAAGACACUGAACGGCGUCAUCAUGUCCCCCAGCCAGAUUGGUCGGUGGUUGGUCAUCUUCUGCGAUGAAAUCAACUUGCCUGCCCCCGAUCGAUACGGAACCCAGCGCGCGAUUUCAUUCCUGCGUCAACUUGUGGAGCAGAAUGGAUUCUGGAGAACCUCCGACAAGACCUGGGUUACCUUGGACCGUAUCCAAUUUGUCGGCGCCUGUAACCCUCCCACCGAUGCAGGACGUACGCCUCUCGCUGAGCGUUUCCUCCGUCAUUCUCCGUUGGUCAUGGUUGACUAUCCUGGUGAAAUUUCGCUCAACCAAAUCUACGGAACGUUCAAUUCUGCGGUCCUCAAAAUUCUCCCGUUGUUGCGUGGUUAUUCCGAGUCUUUCACUAAGGCUAUGGUGCAGUUCUACUUGGAGUCUCAAACACGCUUUACUCCUAAGAUACAGCCUCACUAUGUGUACUCUCCUCGUGAGCUUACGCGAUGGGUCCGCGGUGUGUACGAAGCCAUCAAACCGCUCGAAACCCUUAGCGUGGAAGGUCUGGUCCGUAUCUGGGCACAUGAAGCCCUUCGACUUUUCCAGGAUCGUCUCGUUACCGAGGACGAAAGAGCAUGGACCGCGGAUGCUGUUCGCCGAAUUGCACUUGAAAACUUCCCUACCAUUGACCACGAACAGGCUCUGAAGGGACCAAUCCUUUUCUCCAAUUGGUUAUCCAAGAACUACGUCCCAGUGGAGCAGGAGCAGCUCCGUGAAUUCGUCAAGGCGCGUCUCAAGACUUUCUGCGAGGAAGAGGUGGAUGUUCCUUUGGUCCUAUUCAACGACGUCUUAGAACAUGCGCUGCGCAUUGAUCGAGUCUUCCGUCAGCCUCAAGGUCACCUCAUCCUGAUUGGUGUAAGCGGAAGUGGUAAGACGACAUUGUCCCGCUUUGUUGCCUGGAUGAAUGGCCUGAAGGUCUUCCAGAUAAAGGUCCACGGCAAAUAUUCUUCUGAAGACUUCGACGAUGACUUGAGAAAUGUCCUCCGCCGUGCGGGUUGCAAGGGCGAGAAGAUCUGCUUCAUCAUGGACGAGUCAAACGUUCUAGACUCUGGUUUCCUUGAACGCAUGAACACCCUUCUAGCCAACGCCGAGGUUCCCGGUCUGUUCGAAGGCGAUGAAUUCUCCGCUCUGAUGACCGCCUGUAAAGAGGGCGCCCAACGCCAGGGUCUUAUCCUCGACAGCCAGGAAGAACUCUACAAGUGGUUCACCCAGCAAAUCGUCAAGAACCUGCAUGUUGUGUUCACCAUGAAUCCUCCCGAGGAAGGCCUGUCAUCCAAGGCUGCAACCAGUCCCGCCUUGUUCAACCGUUGCGUGCUCAACUGGAUGGGAGACUGGUCCGACCAGGCUCUUUUCCAGGUUGGCUCGGAACUCACACAGUCAGUCGACCUGGACAAAGCCAACUUUAUUGCUCCUGAUAGUAUACCCGUGGCGUACCGCGAACUUACCUUACCGGCUUCCCACCGCGACACGGUCGUAAACUCCAUGGUUUACAUACAUUAUUCGCUGCAAAAAUUCAACCAGCGCUUGCAGAAGCAACAAGGGAAGACAACGUACCUUACUCCUCGCCACUACUUAGAUUUCGUCGCUCAAUAUGUCAAGCUCUUCAAUGAGAAGCGAGAAGACCUAGAGGAGCAACAAAGGCACUUGAACGUCGGUCUUGAGAAGCUGAGAGACACUGUCGAGAAGGUCAGCGAUCUUCGUGUCAGCCUUGCCCAGAAGAAGACGCAGCUGGAAAACAAGGACGCCGAAGCCAAUGAAAAGCUGCAGCGCAUGGUUGCAGACCAGCGCGAAGCAGAACAACGCAAGGCAGUCUCGCUAGAGGUACAGGCCGCUCUAGAGAAACAGGAAAAAGAGGUCGCUACCCGAAAAGAAGUCGUUCUUAGAGACCUCGCCAGAGCCGAGCCUGCCGUCGCGGAAGCUCAGAAGAGUGUGAGCAACAUCAAACGUCAGCAUCUCACUGAAGUCCGUUCCAUGGGUAAUCCGCCGGCCAGCGUUCGCCUUGCUCUGGAAGCUGUUUGUACUUUGCUUGGUCACAAGGUUGAUAGCUGGAAGACAAUUCAGGGUAUCGUGCGAAAGGAUGACUUUAUCGCAAGCAUCGUCAACUACGAUAAUGAGAAGCAGAUGACGAGGAACCACAGACUGAAGAUGCAGAAAGAAUUCCUCUCCCAGGAUGACUUUACAUACGAGCGUGUCAACCGCGCCAGUAAGGCGUGUGGUCCUCUUGUUCAGUGGGUCGAAGCACAGGUCAACUACUCGGAGAUCUUGGAUCGGGUUGGACCUCUACGUGAGGAAGUCGACACGCUUGAGGAACAAGCCGAGCAGACGAAGGCCGAAGCGCAAGCUAUCGAGAACACUAUCAACGAUCUUGAGAGCAGUAUCGCCACUUAUAAGACGGAGUAUGCUGCACUCAUUAGUGAAACUCAGGCAAUCAAAACUGAGAUGUCGAGAGUGCAGUUCAAGGUUGACAGGAGUGUACGUUUGCUCGACAGUCUGUCAUCGGAACGCACCCGUUGGGAGGAAGGAAGCAAAUCCUUCGAAACCCAAAUCAGCACACUUGUCGGCGACGUUCUCAUUGCUGCGGCUUUCCUUGCCUACGCUGGUUUCUACGAUCAGCAAUUCCGUAAGGCAAUGGUUGACGACUGGGUUCAACAGCUGGUUCAGUCUGGAAUUAGCUUCAAGCCACACAACCCGAUCACUGAAUACUUGUCCAACGCAGAUGAACGUCUGGCUUGGCAAGAACACUCCCUGCCGGUCGAUGAUCUCUGCACUGAGAACGCUAUUGUCCUGAAACGCUACAACAGAUACCCGCUCAUCAUUGAUCCCUCUGGCCGCGUCACCGAGUUCCUGCAGAAAGAGAGCGCAGACAGGAAACUUACAGUGACCAGCUUCUUGGACGAUUCCUUCGUCAAGCAGCUUGAGAGUGCCCUGCGUUUUGGAAACCCUAUCCUCAUUCAGGAUGCGGAGCAUUUGGAUCCGGUUCUUAACCACGUUCUCAAUAAGGAAUACCAGAAGACCGGUGGCCGUGUUCUUAUCCAGCUCGGUAAGCAGGAGAUUGAUUUCUCGCCCUCAUUCAAGCUCUUCCUCUCUACGAGAGACCCCUCUGCGUCCUUCCCACCGGAUAUCUGCAGUAGAACCACAUUUGUCAACUUCACUGUUACGCAGAGCAGCUUGCAGAUCCAGUCGCUUAACGAUGUGCUGAAGCAUGAACGUCCUGACGUCGACAAGCGACGCUCCGACCUUGUCAAGGCCCAAGGAGAGUUCAAGGUCCAUCUGCGCAAGCUUGAGAAACGCCUGUUGCAGGCUCUAAACCAGUCUCGUGGCAACAUCCUUGAUGAUGACCAUGUUAUUGAAACCCUUGAGACUCUCAAGAAAGAGGCUGCAGAGAUCUCGAAGAAGAUGGUUGAGACCGAAGGAGUCAUGGCCGAGGUGGAGAAUAUCACUCUCAACUAUAGCAUCAUCGCUCGCUCGUGCAGUGCCGUGUUCGCCGUGCUGGAGCAACUGCACCAUAUCAACCACUUCUAUCAGUUCUCCCUGCAAUACUUUGUGGACAUCUUCAACUCGGUCCUGCGCGAAAACCCACGCCUCAAUCAAGAGAAGGAUCAUGCCGCGCGUGUCCAUAUCAUUCUUCGAGAUCUGUUCGUUACUACCUAUCAACGUACCUCUUUGGGUGUCAUUCAAAAGGACCGCAUUACCUUGGCCAUGCUUCUAGCACAGGCGGCUCCCUAUACAAUGAACAAGAGCAUUAUCGAUAUCAUCCUCGAUGAGGCAACGAAGGGAACUGAUCUAUCGGCCGAUCCUGAGGCCAAACAACAGGUAAUGAACGGGCUCGCGAACAUGUCACUCUUCAAGUCGCAUCUCCCAUCGGUCAGUGCUGAACAAUGGGAGCAAUUCCUGAAUGAAGAGCUGGCUGAGAACUAUGUGCCGGCUGUCUGGGACGAGGACACCUCGGAGUUCGACCGACUGCUACGAUCACUGCUCCUCGUCAAGCUUUGCAGGAUGGACAGGUUCGUGCCAGCUGCCGAGCGGUUUAUUGUUGCCGUCUUUGGCCGUGAGCUGUACGAGGGGAGCACGGAUCUGAAAGAUAUCGUCGAUCAGGUCACGGCAACUGCACCUAUUUCUCUUGCCUCAAGCCCUGGGUUUGACGCCAGUUACAAGGUUGAUGCCCUCGUCGAGCGAAUGCACGCAACCUGCGCGAACAUCGCCAUGGGUUCCAACGAAGGUCUUGAGAGUGCUGACAAAGCCAUCAGCAACGCUGCUUCUGCCGGAACCUGGGUGCUGGUCAAGAACGUGCAUCUGGCCCCCUCGUGGCUGCAAAGUCUGGAGAAGCGUCUCGAGUCGCUCAAGCCUCACAAGGACUUUAGGCUCUUCCUUUCCAUGGAGUCUAGCCCUAAGAUUCCAGUCAACCUCAUCCGCGCCUCCCGUGUACUCAUGUACGAGCAGCCUGCUGGUGUGCGCGCAAACAUGAAGGAUUCUCUAUCCUCUUUGACUACGCGGGCCAGCAAAGCGCCUGUUGAGAAGGCUCGUGUUUACCUCCUGCUCUGCUUCCUUCACGCCGUUGUUCAAGAGAGGCUCCGCUACGCCCCAAGCCUGGGCUGGAAGGGCUUCUGGGAGUUCAACGAUAGCGACUACGAAUGCUCCGCCUAUAUCAUCGACCACUGGGUCGACACGGUCGCCCAAGGCCGUUCUAACGUCGCACCCCAGAAGCUCCCGUGGGAAAUGAUCCGCACCCUUGUGACAGAAAUGUACGGCGGCAAAGUUGACGACAGCGAAGACUUCCAGCAGCUUGAGCGCCUUGUGCACAACUUCUUGACUCCUGCCGCCUUCGAAGACGAAUACAAGCUCGUCUCGGGCGUUGAAAACGAUGAGUGCCUCACCCUACCAGGGGAAACUGGUAUGCGCGACUUCGUCGCCUGGGUCAAUCGCCUCCCAGAGCGCGAGCCUCCCACCUACCUGGGUCUUCCUGCGAACGCGGAGAAACUGCUCCUGGUGGGACAUGGAAAUAAGAUGAUUUCGGAUCUCGCAAAGGUGACGUCGUUGUUGGAUGAAGGGGAACAGUUGAUGAUCGAUUCUUGAGCGGCAGCAUGUUUACUUUCUUGUAUUUUUGCUUCUUUUUGUUCCAUUUUGCCUGUUCGAGUUGGGUUCGUACCGCUGGCGUUGAGCGGCUUUUUUUGUGUUCAUGGUGCUUUUUUUGUAAUAUCCCCCAUACAUCGCAUGUUCUUAUCAAAUUACAUGUCCUGUUAGAGUAUAGAUUUCUUCAUGAAACAGUUUCUAGCGCAUUCUCAAUUCCUCCCUACGUAC